CCUGUCAGUACUGUUAUUUUUAUUGUUGUCUUUUGAGGUUAAAGUAACAAGUAACACCGUAUAAAAUUAUAAUUUAUAAUUGUUUUUAUCCUGUUUUUUAUUAUUGAAACGAUGGAUAUAAAACAAGAACUUUUCGAUCCUGAUUGCCACGCUAUUAACGCCGACUCAGAUCUUGUUUCCAAUGAAUCAAAUGAAAACGAUUCACGAGAAAUACAAAUGUUUAAAAACGAACAUAAAGGUGUGUUUGUUAAUUUGGACAAUAAUUUUAAAUAUCAUUCAAUGGGACUCUCUGAAGAAACUAACCGAGAACUUAUUCUAUGUAAAAUGCCUAAAAUUGAGCAAAUUUUGGCCACAGAUAUUAAACAAGAACUUCCUGAAGACACUGAAGUUAAAGCCACUGAUAUGUUAGUGAACAUUAAUGAUAUCAAACAAGAAGUUGGUGAAUUUGUACAACCUAAAAUUGAGAAUGAAUUUUUGUCUUUGACAUCGUCUUGCGAUUUGGGAUAUUUGAAAAGUGAAAUUGCCAAUUAUACAGAAUAUUUCGAACAGCCGUGUGGUAGCAACCAAGUCAAAAGGAUAACGAAAUCUUUAAAAGGUACAGCAAAUCAUGUUCUUAAGAAGAAAAGAAGUUAUCCAUGUCCUAUCUGCCUAAAAAAUUUUUCAUCUUCAAAAACAAGACAAACUCAUAUAACCAGACAUUUUGAGGAACGAUCUAAUAUGGAUCAUCCAUCUUCCAAAUCAACACAAAACCAUUUAGGCAGACAUAAUGGCAAGCGCUCCGUAAUUUCUUUUAGAUCCUCUAGAAAAAAACAACUUAACACGCAUUUUGGAAGAUAUUGUUACUAUUGUGGUAAAUUUUUUCCUAACAUUCAUCAAUUACUAGACCAUGUAUUUGUUUUUCAUCAUGUAAAGAAAUUAAUCAAAAUUUGCGAAAACAAAUUUAGAAAAAAGCGGUUCAAACGUAAAAUUUGUCCCAAACCAUUCCUAACCGAAACGAAAUUAAAUAAUCAUUUAAAAAUAGGCGAAUGUUCAAAAUUGAGUUCAAAAAUUCGCACCAAUAAAAAAUCUUUUGAAUGUGAAACAUGUUUGAAAAAGUUCAGCCAUAAAUACACUUUAAAAAUGCAUUUAAAAAUUCACACAGGAGAAAAUACAUUCAAAUGCGACAUAUGCUCAAAAGAGUUUACUCAAAAAAACAAUUUAAUUAAUCACUUAAUAAUUCAUACUGGGGAGAAACGUUUUAAAUGUCAAAUAUGUUCGAAAGAGUAUUCCAAGAAAAAUAGUUUAAUUAAUCACUUAAUAAUCCAUACUGGUAAAAAAUUCUAUAAAUGUGACUUAUGUUCGAAACAAUUCAGCCUUAAAUUAUAUCUAACAUUGCACCGAAACACUCACACUAAAGAAAAUUCGUUCAAAUGCGAAAUAUGUUCCAAACAAUUUAAUUAUAAAUCGAAUUUAAUAAGACACAAAAAAUAUCACAACGAAAGAAUUACAUUUAAAUGCGAAUUAUGUCCGAAAGAGUUUAUGCAUAAAAAGAAUCUAAAAUCGCAUUUAAACAUUCACAAUAACGUCAAACCGUUUAAUUGCGAAGUAUGCGCGAAACAGUUUUUUCACAAACAUAAUUUAGUGUCUCAUUUAAAAAAGCAUGCCGGUGAAAAAGAUUUCAAAUGCGAAGUGUGUUUGAAACAGUUUGUACACAAACAUAGUUUAAUAUCGCAUUCGAAAAUUCACACUGGAGAGAAAUUAGAAUGCGAAAUAUGUAACAAACAGUUUGUACAGAAAGACAGUUUGUUGCAACAUUUAAAAAUUCAUUCCGGAGAGAGACCGUUUAAGUGUGAAUUAUGUUCUAAAGAGUUUAUACAGAAAUUUCGUUUGGUGGAGCAUUCGAGAGUUCAUUCCGGAGAGAAACCAUUCGAGUGCGAGAUCUGUUCGAAAUUGUUUAGUCAAAAAAGCUAUUUGAGUUCUCACUUAAAAAUUCACACGGAUGAUAGACCGUUUACCUGUGAAAUAUGUUCGAAAGGGUUUAAAGAGAAAAGAAGUUUAAAAUCGCAUUCAAAAAUUCACAUGAGAGAAAAAACAAUUAAAUUGUAAACAAUAUUUAAUCUCGUUAAAACUAUCAUACAAAUCUUUCUUAACCACUCCGGUAUGUUUAUAUCGUCCUUCAAAGAAAACUUCUCUAGAAAACGACCCACAGCUUUUUGAGGUACUUUCAUACCUAUCUAUUUCUCAUGACAAUCUUGUGGUGUUUGGGGAUUUGCACUUCCCAGAAAUUUCCUGGCCACUUACUGCAGGUCUUGAAGUAUUGCAGAACACUUUAUAAAUUUUAUUAUAAACUCCAAUCUUGAACAACUUAUAAACGAACCUACCCACUUUCAUUUAAAUCAAGAGCCUGCAACUGUAAACCUUACAUUAACAAAUGACGACCAACUUUUAAUUUCUCAAUCUGUCCACUCAUCUAUUGGGAAAUCUGACAAUGGCGUUAUUAUAUUUAAUAUGCAAUUUAAUAUAGAAACCCCUAAUCCCGAUAGGGACGUAACCUACAGUGUCAUAAACUUUAAUAACGUAAAGAGAGUCCUCUUCGAAAUUGAUUGGAAUCACUUUUUUAGAAGUACUGUAUUAGUAGAAGAUAUGUGGACAUUAUUUCAUACAAAGAUAUCUGAAAUUGUGAAGGCCAACACAAAAACAAAAAAUGUCCUUGAAAUAAAUUAAAACCCUGGAUCAAUGGACAAGUUUUAAAUUUAAUUAAACAUAAGUAAAAUAUGUGGAAAAAAUUUAAAACAACAUGAUGAUUUUGUUAACCAUCGACGUUUCUCUAACGAUUUAAUCAAUGUUAUUGAUAACGCAAGAAGAGAAUACGAAGAAUAUAUCGCUACUAGCGAUAACCCUAAGAAGCUAUUUAAACACGUAAAAUGCUCUCUCUUCCACAGUAUCAGUCCCGCUUUUUAAAAAAACGGAUGGAAUCUUAUGUAAUAAUGAUCAAGAAACAGCUGAAGCUCUGGCCAACCAUUUUUCACAAGUGUUUUCCUUAGAACCCACAGGCGACAUCCCAGUUAGUCACGAUGCCCGAACAACAACCUCUUUAUGUAAUGUCGAUUCAAUCAAAUUCCUCACCUGGAAUUGACAAUUUAUCGGCAAUGCUUUUAAAAGAAUCCGCAUCUUGUUUGGCUUUACUUCUAUCCAUUAUUAUGACAUCUUCCUUUACAUCCCACACACUUUCUUCAAUGUGGAAAAUUGCUUCGGUGACGCCUAUUUUUAAAAAGGGUGACAAACUCAGUCCAUCCAACUAUCGUCCAAUAAGCCUCGUCCCAAUUGCCUGUAAAAUAAUGAAAUCUAUAUUAACCAAUUAUAUGUCUGAUUUUCUCAAGAACCUUGGCCUUUUGCCAAAAGAAAAACACGGUUUUAUCAAAGGUCGAUCCACAUUAACAAACUUAAUGACCUGUUUAAACGAUUGAAUUACGUCUGUGGACAAUAAAGAGCCUGUCGAUGUCGUAUAUCUUGAUUUCGCUUAAGCCUUUGACCGUGUUCCUAAAAAGAGAUUGCUUUAUAAGUUGGAAAAAGCUGGCAUUCGCGGCUCUUUACUUCUCUGGAUAAGUGAUUUUUUUGUCAAAUCACAUCUUCAAGGUAAAAGUUUGACAAAUGUUCUCGUUAGAGUAUCCAGUCCUAAGUGGUGUCCCUCAAGGCCCAAUGAACGAAUAUCAAAUGUUUUCCUAUAAAAAACAUGAAAACUUGCGAGAUGACAUGUCGGUGACAAUCUCCAGCAAGUCGCCACCUUUUCGGGCUUUUGCCAGCGGAUCGCUGCUGAUACCGCCGAGAUUAAUCUCUGGCGAUCGACAAUUCAUAUGGCUGUUAGUAUUUGAACCUGAUGCUCUGUCGUCACGGUUGUCACGCUUACUAUUCUUGGUAUAUGCUGCAGAUCUAGGCAAAUACUUAAAUUCUAACAGUUCGUGUUACGCUGAUGACACUAAGCUAUACUCUAAUCCUGUGACAGAUUCUAUCCAACUACAAAAAGACCUAGAAAAUAUUUCAAACUGGUGUGAUACCUGGCUGCUUCCUUUAAACAUGGAAAAAUGUGCGUCCUGCAUAUAGGAAAAAAUAUCCCGUGCUUGAACUAUUAUCUAAGCGGUAGUGUAUUAGCGACUGUGAACUCUCAUAACGACCUGCUAGUUGACGCUGAACGGUGUCUACAGACUACAGGCAUCCAUCUUCUCAGAUCGUCAAGGCCUGAAGGUCAUUAACGUCGCUGAGAGGUGUCUCUAGAUGCUUUAUUUUUUGAAGUGGCCAUUUGAUGGGCUUCUACCAGCCCGAUGAUAAAUGCCCGGGUGAAGUCAUUCCAUUCGAUCGCUCCACUGGUCAAGCAAUAUAAACCAUUAAUUAAUAUCUAUAAAGUGUACAUUUAAAUCAUUAAAAAUCUUAAUUGCAAGAAAACACUAAGCACAGCUGGGCAGUACGAGUAAAGUGUACUCAAAAUUGUAAGUGCUCAAAGUGUACUUAAAGUGUAAUUAAGUACUCAAAGUACUCAGUAAUAGGUACUCCUGAGUUCCUUUAUCCUGACUUAGUAUUCGAAAAUUUUUGAGUACUUUAUAUUUUAGAAUACUCAGUACUUCUGAUUACUACAGCCGACGAGUAACGAGUACGAGUACCGACGCGCACAAGACCAGGCAAGCUCAAUUUGUCUUGUUUGGUGUGGCUUGCUCACAGAAGUACACGCCAAUUUGCUAUUAUUAUUAUUAAUAUUAUUAUUGUACGUUUUAUGUUUUGUCAGACAGUUUGUACAGCGCACAUGUCGUCGUCAAUAUCACGAAGUGACGUAACUUGAUUUUCACAACUUUACAAGAGAGCGUUUUAAAGUUUUUUUUUAUAAAGUUACGUCUCUUCGUCAAAUUAUCAGAUACACCGGUUAGACAUUAUGAAAUUAAUACAUAAAUCAUUUUUUUUUUAAACUUAAAAUUGGUAUAAUAAAUUUAAGCAUUUAUUUUUUGUAUUGGCUAUAAACUAAAUUACCAGGGUUUCAAAAUAUCAUGAUAUUUAUAUAAAUAUAUCGCAUGAUAUAUAUCUGGUAUAUGUAUAUCGGAUAUACAGUGAGCAUCAUAAGUCUUACCCCCCUAACUAACUCGUUACUGGGGUCUUGUUAGGAAAAUCGCCGAGACAGGUCGAUUUUUGAUUUCUAC